CGGUGUAAGGUGGAGCCAAGGAACUUCAUUUAAUGUACAGGCGCGGUUCGUUUUUCUGCGAUUUCAUCCACUAGUGUGUUGUUCAGUUCGCCAUGUCGAAAGAGGGCCAGCCACGAGAACCGGAGCAGCUCCGGAAGUUGUUCAUUGGAGGCCUCAGCUUUGAGACAACAGACGACAGCCUGCGCUCUUAUUUUGAGCAAUGGGGAGCAUUAACUGACUGUGUGGUUAUGAGAGACCCGAACUCCAAGCGCUCCAGAGGCUUCGGUUUCGUCACAUACUCCAAUGUGGACGAGGUCGACGCUGCCAUGAAGGCCCGUCCUCACAAAGUUGAUGGUCGCCUUGUAGAGCCCAAACGUGCUGUGUCUAGAGAAGAUUCCAACAAACCUUUUGCACACACAACAGUGAAAAAGAUCUUUGUUGGUGGCAUUAAAGAAGACACAGAAGAGGGCCAUCUGCGGGACUACUUUGAGGAAUUUGGAAAGAUUGAAGCGAUUGAAAUAAUGAUCGAUCAUAAGACUGGCAACAAGAGGGGCUUUGCGUUUGUUACGUUCGAUGACCACGAUGCUGUGGAUCGUAUUGUUAUUCAAAAGUACCACACGAUAAACGGCCAUAAUUCAGAAGUGAGAAAGGCAGUGUCUAAACAGGAGAUGCAGAAUUCAUCAAUGAACAUGAGGGGCCGUGGAAGUGGAAACUUUGGUGGACGUUAUGGUAACAAUGACUUUGGAGGAGGCAGAGAUGGCUUCAGAGACGGCUUCAGAGGAGGCAGAGGUGGAGGAUAUGGUGGUGGAGAUGGCUACAACAAUGGCUUUGGAGGUGAUGGUGGCUAUGGCAGUGGUGGCUCUGGGUAUGGGGGCAACCGUGGAGGAUAUGGUGGCGGUGGACAAGGCUACGGUAACGGCGGUGGAGGAUAUGGUGGCGGAGGAUACGGUGGCGGCAGCAGUGGUUAUGACAGCUACAGCAGCGGCAAUGGAUCCUUUGGUGGAGGUGGUGGUGGUAACUUCGGUGGAGGCAAUGGUGGUGGUGGUGGUGGUGGUAGCAGCAGCUACAGUGACUUUGGAAACUACAACACCCAGCAGUCAAAUUUUGGCCCCAUGAAAGGAAACUUUGGUGGAGGAGGAGGUAGCCGGAGUAGUGCCCCCUAUGGUGGUGGAUAUGGGGGUAGCUCAGGAGGCGGCGGCGGUGGUGGCUAUGGUGGUGGUUCAGGUGGGGGAUAUGGUGGAAACUCUGGCGGCAGACGUUAUUAAAUCCUUUUAAGGACUCAGUACUUAGGAGAGGAGACAGGAGAGCGAGAGGGCUGACAGGGCAGCGGCAGGUUUACUCCCUAGAUCUGCUCAGCCAUUAAGAAGAGAUGUACAGUAGUGCUGUCACAAGCAGGAUUUUUUUUGGGUUUUUUUCCGUCUGUGGUUGUGAUGUCGAGCUUUUUAUAUUUUUAUUUUCUGUAUGGGAUGCAUUCCAUAUGAGGUUUUGUAGAAGUACUUUAUUCCGCUAUUAAUUAUGUGUAACUUCAAGAAAUCAAGUUGAAAUAAAGCGACUUCCAGUUUUUUUUAAAAAAAAAA